CGCCCGACUACAUACCACCAGCCUCGGCCGUCAUACGGAGGGAUGGUGCCGUCACGCAUCUCUGCGCAAAAGUAUGGGGUCAAUCAGUUUGCUCCAUGCUCGGCAUCUCCCUUUGGCAAACUCGCAACGCCCUGUCUCGCGUCUGCAACAGACAUCGAAUGUCGUACCUUUAAAAAAACAACGCGUCGGGGCGAUCGCCUGGCCAUUCCUGUGGGAGUGCCGGGAACCAAAGGGAUGUCUCAGACAAGACACCAGGGUAUCACAAAGAUCGCUUCGUACGACGGAGGGUCUUUUUACACACUUUGCAGCGUUCCGGUAUGCAUCUUGCGAACCAAUACCAUCCAGCACAGCGCCCACGACUGGUCGUGUUUCGCCGUUCUUACCUUCGAGCUCGAGACGGUCUUUGGAAUUCGCAUCCAUCCUCCCUCCGUUGCUCGACCAAGGGCUCCAACUUACCAUCAUCGACUCCCCGGGAGCCUUUCUCUUCGGCCUUGUUUCUGGGAGACGCAAGUUGUAUUACCUCGUACCUGCAGAAGCGUUAUGCAGCCAGAACACCCAUCCCAUGGCCCAAGUGCCAGAUGCGCCGAAGACACUGUGACGCAGCGCUAACUACCUUUGAUCGGUCGGUCAGCUACAUCCAAGCCGUCCGGCCGUCCCACGGCGACCCAUUCGAGAUAGGUGGAGACGCUCCAUCGGCGAGGGACGGGGGACAAAUAUUUUGCACUCGCGAAAAGCGCAUCCGCGAAGUUCGGCAGCAGAAUAGCUGGUUAAUGGGCUGCGGUUGCGCGACUGCCGGAGCUUUGACUCUUAAUAUGCUCAGACGUUCCGGUCUGAUCACGGCCGAUGACAAUGAACAUGCGCUGCCAAUGUCAGAUGACAAAAAGUUCAGACGAAAUGUUCCGCCCAAGCGCUCGUUGGCGCUUGCUGCCGCCGGCAUCGUUCCUCGAAGGCGUGGCGCCGUCGAAUGGUGCUCAAGCGACCGGAAUGUCCCAUGCUCGCGCACGCGUCGGCGUAUCACUAAGACAGGCGGACUCCGCGAAGGCGGCUACAAAUCUGCCAUACACCACCAGGGUGCCCGAAAUAGCAAUGGGAUCCUUCGUCC